AUGUGCAGUGCGAAAAUACCACGUAACUUUAGGCUGCUAAAAGAGCUGGAGAAAGGCGAGAAAGGACUUGGUGUUGAAACUUGCUCUUAUGGCCUUGUUGAUGGAGACGAGAUGCUCAUGUCAAAUUGGAUGGGCACUAUAAUUGGUCCUCCACGUAGUGCACAUGAGAAUCGAAUAUAUUCCUUGAAAAUGUAUUGUGGUGAUCAAUAUCCUGAUAAGCCACCUACCAUUCAAUUCGUGAGCCGAGUUAAUCUACCUUGUGUAAAUCAAAAGAAUGGAAAGGUUGAUCCAACAAAACUACCCUGUUUAUCAAACUGGAAUAGCAGUAUGACGAUGGAGACUGUAUUAACUGAGCUAAGACACUCCAUGGCUCUUCCUGCAAACAAGAAAUUACCUCAACCACUCGAAGGAUCAGCCUAUCCGUAG